AUGGUCGCUGUAAAAGACUCUCAUUGGCUUCAUAGGAGCGCCGACAACUUUGAAGCCAUGUACGAGCGCGUCAGGAAUCGUGCGCCCACCUUGGAGGGCGCUAAGCCCGGGUACCCAGCCGACGUCACCGAUUCACCUCCGAGCUGUCCAACACAGCCCACGCCAACAAGCCCGCCAUAUCAGUUCGACGAUCUACUCGACGACCCCGAAUACGACCGGAUUAGCGACUUUGACGAGCUUGAGAAAAGCCGCCUCAUAUACAUCCGCGAUCCGCAGGAGGUCCGCAGACGCGCAAUGGCGGCCGACUUCAGCGAAGGGCGCCUGGAGACGUUUGUCGGCAGCCCGCAGAAAGAGCUGCCAGGCACACCAAACCAAUAUGUCUCGUACCUCGUAACUACAAAGUCCGACUUCCAGUCCUUCCAGAAACCCGAAUUCUCCGUCCGCCGCCGCUUCACAGACUUCGUCUUCCUCUGGAAACAGCUCUCGAAAGAAUACCCGCAAUGCGCCGUCCCGCCGCUGCCCGACAAGCACAAGAUGGAGUAUGUGCGUGGAGACCGCUUUGGCCCGGACUUCAUGCAGAGACGCGCCCACUCGCUGCACCGCUUCCUCAAGCGGAUAUCACUGCAUCCAGUGCUACGGAGAGCGGCCCUGGUUAUCAACUUCCUGGAGAGCCCGGACUGGAAUCAACACAUGAAGGGACGGUCAUCAAGAGCUGCAAGCGGCUCCGACCAGGGCGGCGGCGGCUUCGUGGAUGCUGUCACAGAAAGCCUCAUCAACACCUUUAGCAAGAUUCACAAGCCGGACCAGCGCUUCAUCGAAGUUGUCGAGCGUGCCAACAAGCUCGGCGAGGAUCUGAACAAUGUGGAGAAGGUUACCGUCAAGGUAGCCAGGCGACAGGGUGAUCUGGAGACCGACUACGCCGAUCUAGCGACACAGUGCCAAAAGCUGACGACCAUGGAACCUGCGGUCGAAGGGAACCUGACAUCCUUCGCUGCUUCUGUAAAUACAACCUCACAGGGGUUCAAGUCUAUCCGCGACCACACAGACCAGAACUACCUCACUAGUCUGCGCGACAUGGACGCAUACAUCCAGGCCGUCAAGACACUACUCCGCACACGAGAAGGCAAGCAGCUCGAUUUCGAACAGCUGAGUGAGUACCUUGCCAAAUCUGCCGCGGAUCGGGAUUCGUUGGCUAGCGCGACAGGGGCCGGCAUGGGUGCGUCUGGCUUCCUGCGAUCCAAGGUAGAAGACUUCCGGGGUAUCGAUCACGACCAAGCGCGCCGGCAACGGGUCCGCAAGCUGGAGGUUGAGAUUGAGCGACUCACGGGCGAAGUUGAGCUGGCCAAGAAAAAUAGUGAGGCCUUUGACGAGCACACCGUCAAGGAGGUACAGGACUUUGAGCGCAUCAAAGCGGUCGAAUUCAAGGAUACUCUGGGCGACCUCGCAGAUGCGCAUGUCGACUUCUUCCAGGGCACUAUCGAGACGUGGGAGAAAUUCCUGGAAGACAUGCGCAAGGAGGAGGACCAGAGGAAGGCUGCUGCGGAAUCAUAG